AUGGACAAAGAUUGGAUCGCCUAUAGUGAGUGCGUGUGGCAGUGCAGGAGCAACAACGAGUCCAGCCAUCAAACCAUCGGAUCGAGCCAGGCUUUCUCCGUCAACAUGGCCAGCAUGAACGAGCCUGCUUCAACUACAGCAUCUACCACCCACCAAAGCCAAACUGAAGCCAGAACAACCUCGUCGAUGCCCAAUAUCACCCAGCACUCGCUCGACCACAACCCAGACAUCUUCACCAUCAUAUGCUGCAACGACAGCUUCCAGAUCGCCCUCGAUCACAGCACCAUCGCAACCCUCCUUCGAGUGUGCAAACGAGUCCGCCCUCUCCUGAGCUCCAAGGUGCCUCGCUUCCACAGCUGGUGGCGGAAUGUGGGGCUGUGGCGUCCAAAUGGAUCGCUGCGGUUCGCACUCACACCGAGCGAGCAGAUUGCCCUCUCGCUGCAUUGCGAAUAUGAAGGCAUAGCCGACCGAUCCUGGCUUGAUAAUCAAGCCGAUCAGGGAAAUGCAACUGCAUUGUUCUUCUUGGCAUGGAUCCACCAAAUCGAUCUCGACAGCCAGCAGUCUGUGAACAAGCCCAAGCGGGAGGCCAUCUGCCAGCAAAUCAUCUUCUAUCUGGAGAAGGCAGCCCAAGCUGAUCAUCCAAUGGCCCAGUACGACCUAGCUGGGUGUUAUCGCAACGGACUCGGUGUCGAUCAAGAUCCCACCAAGGCUGUCGAUAUGUUUCGCAGUCUUGCAGAAUGUGGAAUCCCACAAGCUCAAGUCGCCCUCGGCGGUUGCUAUGAGAAUGGUGAAGGUGUCGAUCAAGACUACGACACAGCCAUCGAGUGGUAUUCCAAGGCUGCCGACCAGGGAAGCGAAGACGGCCGUCUACAUAUUGUGUUUCUCCGUGGCUGGUUCUCGUUCAUCGGCCACGGUGUCGAACAGAGCGAUGCUGAUGCCUUCAACCGCUGGCAUGAAGUCAGCACCAACUCCACCAACCCAGUUCUCAAGCCCAUCGCCACUCACAUGGUUGGAUGGAUGCACUAUCUUGGCCGGGGCACCGUCCAGGACAAGCCGAAGGGUGUCAAUAUCAUCCGAGAGAAUCGAUCGGAUGAGUUCCCACUCGGGGAGUCCGAAAGUCUGGCAGCGAAUUGGGCCGAUAUCAACUCUGACUCGCCCGCACUACGCAAGUUCCUCGGCAUGUGUCAGUUUGGAUCGGAUCAUGAAUGGUUGUGCAAGCACCUGGUCGCUGUGUGUCUCAUCCAUGGAUUUGGAACCAGACAGGACCAGGAGAAGGCCGCAGGUAUCUUUGAACAGCUCGCCAACGAAGGCCAUAGCGUUAGCCAGCUUUGGAUCGGAAGGUGUUACAGCUUUGGUAAAGGAGUCUCGAAGAACGACGAGAAGGCAUUCGAGUGGUGGAGCAAGUCGGCCAACCAAGGCAAUUCGUAUGGACAGUGGAUGGUUGGCUGUUGCUACUACAGUGAAUACGGAGUUACCCGGGACCACACAGAAGCAACCGAGUGGUUCCGCAAGUCGGCCGAGCUGGGAAAUCGGUACGGGCAGAAUAUGCUCGGCGACUGCUACAAAAAUGGCUGUGGUGUGACCAAGGACAUCGACACUGCCGUUUUCUGGCUUCGCAAGGCCGCCGAACAAGGUUUCGAAAAUGCCAUCUACAAACUCAGGCAACUCGACCAGUGGCUCUGA